AUGAUCAAGACUCGUGUGAAGCCUGCGACGAAGGGUGGCACCCGUAUGAUGUUCGGCAAGGAGGUGCAGGUCAAGGCGCAGAAGGCGAAGACGAUUGUGAAAGCCACGCCGGUGGCGGCACUCAAGAGCCAGGACGUCAUCCUGCUUCUAAGUGCUUUGGCACAGGAUUGGCAAGGUGAGGACUACGACAUCCUUCAUCGCAACUGUUGCCACUUCAGUGAUACGCUCUGCAGACGCCUGGGAGUCGGCCCUAUACCUGACUGGAUCACAAAUUUGGCCGGCGCCGGUGCCCAGGUGGAAACAGGGCUGCGGCAUGCUGUCUCAGGAGUGCGAGCAGCAGCAGUCAUCGCGGCAGCGAAGGCCGUGGAGCUGGAGCACGAGCUGGCCAUCAAGCAGACGGUCACGGAUGGAGCCACACAUCUGAUGGAGCUGGACCAGAGGCUGCAUGCGACUGGUUCACAGAGUGAGGCCUCUGCAGCCGCAUGUUCAGGCCACUUUCGUAGUGCUACUCCUCGGCAAGUGCUUGCAGGUUAUGGCAUAAUCUUUCGAGACGCUCUCGAUGCCUUUUUGACAGCUGGCGGGAGCAGCAACACGCGCUUUCCGACCAUGGAGCAGGUGCAACUUGCUGGGGUAACCUUGUUCAAUGCCGCUGCGGAGACGGAUCAUGUUGACAUCUUUGUCGGCCACUCUUGGAGUGCGGGGCGCCGGUCAAAGUUCCUGGCGCUUUGCUUGUUCUUCAAUCUGGACAUGGCAAUCCGAUGUGCUUGUAGUGCCUGGUUUGUUGUGGCAGCUGCACUGCUUGGGUGGGGUGGCAUCACCAGCCUCGGUGGAAGCUACCUCGCACUGCCCUGCCUUGUCUACUUUCCCAUGACAGUCUUUUUCGUUGUUUUCAUUUUCGGACAGCAGCUCUUUGAGGGGCGACAGCCUCCUGCACUGUGGGUGGACAAGCUCUGCAUCCAUCAAACAGACAUGGAUCGUAAGGCAGAGCAGAUAGCAGCUCUCCCUGUCUUUGUGAUGCAUUCUUCCCGCAUGCUUAUUCUGUGGGAUGAUACUUACUUCGAGAGAAAAUGGUGCUCCCUAGAGCUGGCUACUUUCGCGCGACAUGUAGGUACAGAGAAGAUCGAUGUCUUGCCGCUCUGGUUGGCUCCGUGGCUGCUGAACUCAAUCCUCCUGGAUUUAUUGAGUGUCACCCUCUACGAGUUCCUGGAACAUAGUUUUCCCAAUUGGAGUGUGGCCUGGACCAACCCUAUCAUGGCAGCAGCAGAGUCACUGCUGGGAGAGAAUCCUGCAACGCUGAAAUUCGUGGCGGUGUUCACCAUCUGGAUGAUUUCAAGCAUCUCUUACGCACCUUCUUCUUUCCCAAGCUCCUUCUCUUUUCGCAUGAAGUUGCGAAACCACCAGUUGAUGCUGCAACAAAUGGCUAACUUCGAUGUCAGAGCAGCAAAAUGUACUCUGCCGUCUGAUGCUGAAGCAAUCGAGCAGCAAGUGGAGGACUUAUUCAAGGAUGAUGUUAUGGAACGGAGACCUCACCAAACGGGUGCUGAUAUUGACAACGGGGAGGUCUGCGUUCCUAUGCGAUAUCAUGGUGGGCAAGGAUCUUCGCCCGAUGCAUUCGGUGAUCCGCUGGGGCGUUUCAACGCGUACAUCGGCGACGAGCUUUACGUCUCGUGGCGGACCUGUCUGAUUGCCUUCUUGCCGAUGAUUUUCUACUCCUCGGUGAAUGUUUUCGGCUGCGACAACGGGCCUUGUGAUCAGUCUGCAGCAUUGGCUGGCUACCAGUCGACAUAUGCCUACAUGCUCACCUCAUGUGCUGGAUGGAUCAUCAACAUUGCUCUGGCAUUCCCACUAACAUACCCAGUCCUACUUCGUAUGGUCAAGUUCGCAAUGUCGCAUGGCGAUGGGUCACUGCAGCUCUGUGCGGCUUUCCUGUUUUGUCCAUUGGCUUUCUUCUACAACUACAUCUGUGGAAGCUUAGUGCUCGCCUCGCUUGUGUGCGUCGUGCAGAACUUUUCGCCGACGCAGCUGCUAGUGUGCUUCAUAGUCAUUGUCAUACUCUUGGCGCAAGUCAUUUGGCUUUUUUCCAGUGGCACGCAUCAGGACAGCAGCCAGCUGUCGUGCCGCUGCGUGAGGCGGCAGACCGCUGCCUACGAGACACUCAGCAACUCCGGUUCGCAAUCCGGUUUGAAGUGGUCGAAAACGUGCGUGUGCACGUGUACUCUGGUGGAGUUUCUCUUACAACAGUACGCGAUCAGUGAGUCGGCCUCGGAGAUCGCCUGCAACGCAGGUGACAUGGUUCGAGCGGCUGCCGAUGCCGUCGAGCAGGUGAAUGAUGCUACGUCCACUGUGGUCCACAAGGUGACCGAGGCGGCCAUCCACCGCUCGGCGAACCUGGCCUGUGAUGUGGCGACACAGGUUGCCCGGGCUGCUCCGCCGAUCGACUCUUUGGGCUACAUGUGCCACUUGGCGGAGCUCUUCGAAGUGCCGGGACUUGGCGAAACUUCGCGGAUUGGGCUGGAGGUCUCGGAACCCGAAAGCCAGGCCAAGGGGAGAGGGGUGGUUGCAGACCAGGAUGAGGGAUCAGGGGAAUGGCAAGAGACUGAUGCAAAGGAGUACAGGGCGGAAGAUCCGCUACUGACCGGUGUUUUUUGCUUCGCUAGUGUCGAAAUCAAGGGCGAGAAGCAGGGCGGAGCAUCUUUCAGAUGUGCAGCUUCUUGGGCUGCGGUGCGUGCUCAGACAUGUCUUUGUGACGGCUGGUAUGUGCUUCUGGAGGAUUCGAAGCCCUUCGGCUUCCUGGAACCCGAGCCGAAGGACAUGCAGGAGGUCCAGCUCUUUGCCUCCGCCCUUGUUGGGGGCGGCGAGCGCGGUGGUCAGGUCAACGAGACAAUAGCUGCUGAUCCAGGCUCCGCAGCAGCACUUCUGCAAAGCCUCGCGGGUGAGCUGCGCGUGGCCCAUGAUGGCAGUGACCGCGACCUGCAAGCAUACAACCACCUGCUGGAGCUGCACUUCCAGGACCGAAGUGACACAAAUCACGCCAGCCUCUCGCGGGGCGUGAUUUGGCAGCUGGCUGACGACAUCCGCAGGAUAGAGCGGCUGCGGGCAAUGAGCGCGGACGAGCUGGCUGCCGUGCCGGAGGAGGAGGCCGACAGCUUUGUUCACUUCUUCCGCGGGCUGGCCAAGCAAAAGCACGGAGCAGGCCGGGCCGUGCUGGCACAAGGUCUGCAGGCGACACGCAGAGCUGUCAUUUUCACGUGCAGCUUCGGCGAUGGCCACAAGUCCGCGCAGCAGGCAGUCGAAGACUUCCUGCAGGGGGCCGGCUUCGUCGUGGAGGCUGUCGACACGACGCAUGAUCCGCGCUUCGAGGACUCGUUGCAGAGGAGACUCAGCACACGCCUCAUGGACGUCUGGUACAAUCGGAUGGUUCUGCGAUGGAAGAUGUACAGCAUCCAGAACAUGGUUGAAUCGAUGGGCACCCUCUUCUUUGGGCAGUGGAAUUCGCCAUGCCCUUCCCCGACUUGCAACACUCCAACCAAGGAUGCAUUUCGAAGUGUUCUCUUGGAGCAGAAGCCGGACAUCGUGGUGACUGUGUACCACAUGGACCUCCUUCCCAUUCUCGAGGUUGCAAAGGAUGUGGGGAACCUCCCGGUCCUACACAUCGCCACGGACAUGGAUUUGAAAAUGCGCGAGGCUCGCGCACGCGUGACUUCUUUCCGGCGACAUGCUUCUUUCUUCGGAAACAGUUCUAUCAUAUCCGCAGAACGCAGAUUCGAUGCCGCAGAGCACAGCUCAAGCUUUCGAUGCCAAAGAUAUGUUGAGACCCCACUCCUGCCUCAGAGCAGAAGUGGCUACCUCUGUUCACGCACCGCGUGUGUCCCCUCACCCACUGUUCACACGGGGCUAGCUACAUGCGAAACCUAA